AGCACACAUCUUUCUCAGUCAAGAUUCUCCGUCCUGUGAGGAACAAAUACCUUUUACCUGCGCUUCAAGUGACACAACAUCCCACAUUUGAUGAAAUGUUUCCGCAACCUCCCUCCAUUCUGGUAUAGCAGAUUGUUAUUCUCAGUCCAACUAGUGUUCUCACGUUAUUUCCUCAUUCAUCUCGAUUCCUCGGUGGUCUAUUUUUUGGUCUUUCUAGACAUAUUUACACUCUCCACUCUGGAGUCCGAUGCUCGAUUUAGCUCUAGGUCUUGGUAUAUCUGCCUCUGUUUGCUGUCACUCCAGUGCUUGGUUACCGUGUCUCACGCGUGUCGGGACGGAUGUAGCCCAUAAUAGAUGUUCACCAGAGUUCGUGUUUUAUUUGCAACAACGAUAACUUUUUUUACCGUUGGAUAGCCUGAUAUCGAAAAUACAGUUUUUGUCCUGAGAUGCGUCCAGCGGAGAGUUAUACCAGAGUGCAAUCAAUUUGUCCGGUGAUAACAGUGUGAAAGUCAAACA